AUGCCACCAAAACGCAAAGCACCCCAACGUUCAAAUCCCCGAGACUUCUCCUCCAAGAAGCGGCGGAUAAAGCCCAAACACACCCAGGACGACUAUGUCUCCCCCAACGAAGACGAGGAAGAAGUGGCCGACCUCCUAGAAGUUAACGACGCGGAAUUGUCCAGCGACGACGAGGCUGGUGGGGUUGUUAUUGAGGGACUGGAGGCCCUUGACGACGGAGGGGAGGGGGAGGAGAGCGAGGAUGAUGAGGGGGCUGACGGAGGGGAUUUUGGGUUAGGGCAUUUGGAUGACGGGGAGGAAGAGCCGGUGGUGGAAUCGGAGGAGGAGGAGGAGCAGGGCAAUGUCAAGUCGAAAUCGUCGAAAAUGGCUAAUGCCAUUGGAAAGAUUCUGGCGGCGGAUUUGGGUGGAAAAGAUGCACAGCGCCCAAUUCUAGCCAAACAAAAACAUAUCGAACGCCAAAUCGAUAAUGACAAACUAGAAGCAAAAGCCCGCAAAAUCAUCUCCGCCGAGCGAAAACAGAAAGCCGAUGUGGGACACGUUACGCUUGACCAUUCGACGACCGAUUAUGAGAAGCGGUUGAAGAAGGUGGCGACGAGGGGAGUCGUGAAGCUUUUCAACGCUAUCCGGGUUGCACAAAAAACCGCUGAGGAGACGAAGCUGGAAGGAAUCCAGAAGAACAAAGACGCUGCACCGGUAAUCACAAAAAAUACGUUCAUGGAUAUGCUGAAGGCGCAGGAGAAGCCAGCGGCAGGGAAGGGCGCGGAAACAAAAGCUGAGGAGCAGAAGAAAACCGCCGCGGUGACCGAUGCAGGUCCAUCAUGGAUUAAGCAGGACUUCAUGAUGAAGGCCCCGAAGCAUUGGGACGAAGAAGAUGAAGACGAGGGCGACGGCGACGUAGUAUAG